AUUUCUUCUCUUCCGAUUGAUUAAUUACUCGGCGCUCUCUCUCUCUCGGUCGCUGUUCGCACCGAUCAAUCAUAGAGUAAUCGAAUUCGCUGGCGAGAGGGAAGGGAGAUUCUGCGUUUGGAGGAGAGCUCGCGAAUGGCGUCGAAAGGAACGGUGGAGUUGGAGAGGAUGAGCGUGGAGCAGCUCAAGGCUCUGAAAGAGCAAACCGAUCUGGAGGUUAAUCUGCUCCAGGACAGCCUCAACAACAUCCGAACCGCCACCGCCCGCCUCGACAUCGCCUCUUCCGCCCUCCACAACCUCUCCCUCCGUCCUCACGGCAAGCCGAUGCUCGUCCCCCUCACCGCUUCCUUGUACGUUCCCGGCACCCUCGACGAUGCCGAUAAGGUCCUCGUCGAUGUCGGCACCGGAUACUUCAUCGAGAAAACAAUGGCAGAAGGAAAAGAUUAUUGUGAGCGUAAAAUCAAGUUGCUGAAGUCUAACUAUGAUCAACUUGUUGAGAUUGCAACUAAGAAGAAGAACAUGGCAGAUGAAGCUGGAGUUACCUUACAAGCCAAACUGAGGCAAUUAUCACCAACACCACAAUAGAAUUUUGCGUUUGUAAAACCAGCAUCAGAGACUGAGUUCAGACGCUAGUUUGCGGAACACAUAAUUAGCUGCUAAUCAUAGAGAAGAAAUGUUAUUUUGGGGGGGGGGGGGGGGGGGGGGCUGUUGUGGAGUUGGUUUUGAACCUGGAAUAUUUGUUUUAUGCAAGCUUUGUCAAGCACUAGGUUAAUUUGUGCAACUUCAACUCGAUCGCUGCGGCAUCAUGUAUGUUUUGUUGUUUCACCUUAUUCUCUGUUUAUCUUUUUGUUUAACCGAACAUGGUUUUGGUUUAGUUUAAGCCCCAAUAUGCAAAAAUGGCCAAUUUGUUGAACUCCGCUAAUGGAUUAAGAAGAAGUUUCAUCAACA